CGGCCGCCUGGGACUUGCCCUGGCCUGAGGCGGGACGCGAGUCCCGCUUCCUCGUACCCACGACGCGGCUUCCUCGCCCGAGCCCCGCGCUGCACGCCGGCGCCGGGGAGAUGCCGCUCGGACGUCGCGGCGGCACGGAUGGCCGGCGGGGAGCCGAGCACGAGGCCGGCCGCGGGAGAAGCAGAGCUGGGCGGGCGAGCGCCCGUCUCGGGUCAGCGCCGCCCGCGAGUCCGAGCCCGCGCUCGCCCCGCGCCAGGUCUCCGCGCGCGGCCCCCGCGAUCGCUCCCGCGAGGAACUCCCACAAUUCCCGGCCGGCGGAGGCCCCGCCCCCGUGACGUCGCGCCCAGCGAUUGGCCGCGGCCGCAGUCGAGCGGGAACUGGAGACGGGGCGUCGCCAUGACGGCCUUCGGGGCCCCGCGUCGCGGGUGCGGCCGGCCGUGUGGCGGGGGGCCCGCGGCCGGCGUGCUGCUGCUGCUUCAGUGCCUGCUGGGGGCCCGGGCCGGCAAGCUCAACGUGCCGCAAGUGUUGCUCCCCUUUGGCCGGGAGCCGGGCCGCGUGCCUUUCCUGCUGGAGGCGCAGCGCGGCUGCUACACCUGGCAUUCCUCCCAUCAUGAUGCAGUAACUGUUGAGCCUUUGUAUGAAAAUGGCACCUUAUGUUCCCAAAAAGCUGUGCUUAUUGCUGAAUCUACCCAACCGAUACGCCUCAGCAGUAUUAUUCUUGCUCGAGAGAUAGUGACGGACCAUGAACUGCGCUGUGAUGUUAAGGUUGACGUGAUAGACAGAAUUGAAAUUAUAUCUCGAACCCGGGAGCUCUAUGUAGAUGAUUCACCACUGGAGCUGAUGGUGAGGGCAUUGGAUGCUGAAGGAAAUACUUUUAGUAGUUUGGCAGGGAUGAUGUUUGAGUGGAGCAUCGCCCAGGAUAAUGGAUCAGCAAGAGAAGAAUUGUCUAGCAAAAUUAGGAUUCUGAAAUACUCUGAAGCCGAGUAUUCUCCCCCCGUGUAUAUUGCUGAGAUGGAAAAAGCAGAGAAACAAGGAGAUAUGGUUUUGGUGUCUGGGAUCAGAACUGGUGCUGCUGUCGUAAAAGUUCGAAUUUUUGAGCCAUUCUAUAAGAAAGUGGCAGCAGCAUUGAUACGUCUGUUAGUUUUGGAGAAUAUAUUUCUUAUACCAUCACAUGAUAUAUAUCUCUUAGUAGGAGCAUAUAUUAAAUACCGAGUUGCAAAAAUGGUGCAGGGAAGAAUGACAGAGGUGGGAUUUCCCCUAGAACACUAUACACUGGAAUUGCAAGAUGACAGAGUUGCAUGUAAUUGGUCUCUUUCUAAAGAAAGAACUGGUCUAAAGACUAGCUCUAAAGUGGCUUUACUGGAUGAGAAAAGAGCUAUGGUGACUGCUGUUCAACUGGGCCAAACUAACCUUGUCUUUGUCCAUAAAAAUGUCCAUAUGCGAUCUGUGUCUGGACUCCCAAAUUGCACCAUAUAUGUUGUGGAGCCUGGAUUUUUAGGUUUCACAGUUCAGCCUGGAGACCGGUGGAGUCUAGAGGUGGGACAAGUGUAUGUCAUUACAGUAGAAGUGUUUGAUAAAAGCAGUACAAAGGUCUAUAUUUCAGAUAAUCUCAGGAUCAUGUACCAGUUCCGAAGGGAGUACUUUGAGGAGCAGCUCACUACUGUGAAUGGGUCUUACCACGUAGUCAAAGCCUUGAAAAGUGGUGUCGUGGUGAUAAAUGCAUCGCUGACUUCUGUCAUCUACCAGAAUAAAAAUAUUCAGCCUAUAAAAUUUCCAAUCAUACAUCAGCAAGAAGUGAAUAUAUAUUUUCCCAUCAAGCUUACACCCGACUUUCUGGCAUUUCCUCAUCAUCCUAUGGGAAUAUUAUAUCGGUAUAAAGUGCAGGUAGAGGGUGGCAGUGGCAGCUUCACUUGGAUCUCUUCCAAUGAGACGGUAGCCAUGGUGACCACUAAAGGAGUGGUGACUGCAGGUCAGGUCAGAGGGAACAGUACUGUUUUGGCCCGAGAUGUACAAAAUCCCUUUCGAUAUGGAGAAAUUAAGAUAUAUGUCCUAAAACUGAACAAAAUGGAGCUGUUACCGUUUCAUGCUGAUGUGGAGAUCGGCCAGAUUAUAGAAAUCCCCAUUGCCAUGUACCAUGUAAAUAAGGAGCACAAAGAUGUCAUUGUGUUCACAGACUGCUCUCAUUUAUUGUUGGAUCUGAACAUGGAUAAGCAAGGAGUCUUUACUCUUCUCAAGGAAGGUAUUCAAAGACCUGGGCCAACACACUGUUCUAGUAUACAUAUAGCAGCCAAGUCUCUAGGCCAUACCCUGGUAACAGUGAGUGUGACUGAGUCUGAGGAGUACUUGGAGAGCAGUGCCACAUUUGCUGCUUAUGAACCCCUAAAGGCUGUAAACCCUGUAGAGGUGGCUUUGGUGACGUGGCAGUCUGUGAAGGAAAUGGUGUUUGAAGGGGGGCCCCGUCCAUGGAUCUUGGAGCCCUCCCGAUUCUUUCUGGAGUUGAGCAUGGAGAAAACAGAGAAAAUUGAAUUAACACAAGUCCGGCUGCCAGAUAAGAGAAAACAGAACCAGUACAUCUACCGGGUCUUGUGCCUGGAUUUGGGGGAACAAGCUCUGACAUUCCGAAUUGGAAAUCACCCAGGUGUGCUGAACCCCAGUCCAGCUGUGGAGGCCGUGCAGGUGCACUUCAUAUGUGCCCACCCUGCCAGCAUGUCCGUGACCCCAGUCUACAAAGUGCCAGCUGGUGCCCAGCCGUGCCCUCUGCCACAGCACAACAAACAGUUGAUUCCUGUAUCAAGCCUGAGGGACACCGUUCUGGAACUGGCAGUGUUUGAUCAACACAGGAGAAAGUUUGAUAAUUUCAGUUCGCUAAUGCUGGAAUGGAAAUCCUCAAAUGAAACACUAGCUCAUUUCGAAAAUUAUAAUUCCGUGGAGAUGGUAGCAAAGGAUGACGGCAGUGGGCAGACUCGCCUACAUGGUCAUCAGGUCCUUAAAGUACAUCAGUUAAAAGGGACUGUACUCAUCGGAGUCAAUUUUGUGGGCUACUCAGAGAAGAAAAGUCCAGAGAAACUUUCCAACUUGCCCAGAUCUGCAGCUGUGGAGCUGCUCCUGGUGGACGAUGUGACCGUACUGCCUGAGAAUGCCACCAUCUAUAACCACCCUGAUGUGAAGGAGAUAUUUAGCCUUGUGGAAGGAUCUGGUUAUUUUCUGGUCAACAGCAGUGAGCAGGACAUUGUCACCGUCACUUACAUGGAAGCAGAAAGUUCUAUCCAGUUAGUUCCGGUACACCCUGGGUUUCUCACCUUGGAGGUCUACGAUCUGUGCUUGGCUUUCCUGGGUCCAGCAGUGGCCUACCUCAGGGUGUCAGACAUACAGGAGCUGGAGCUCGAUCUGAUUGAUAAGGUUGAAAUAGGUAAAACUGUGUUAGUGACUGUGAGGGUUCUUGGCUCUUCCAAACGCCCAUUCCGAACUAAAUACUUCAGAAACAUGGAGCUCAGACUGCAGUUGGCUUCUGCCGUUGUCACCCUGACGCUAAUGGAGGAACAGGAUGAAUACUCUGAAAAUUAUAUCCUUCGAGCUGUUUCUGUUGGGCAAACCACACUUGUGGCUAUUGCCAGGGACAAGAUGGGGAGGCAAUUCACAUCAGCUCCUCGCCAAAUUGAGGUGUUUCCUCCCUUCAGACUUGUUCCAGAGAAAAUGACACUGAUCCCAGCUAACAUGAUGCAGGUCAUGUCUGAAGGUGGCCCCCAGCCGCAAUCUAUCAUCCACUUCUCCGUCAGUAACCAGACGGUGGCUGUGGUGAAUAGGCGGGGGCAAGUCACAGGGAAGGUAGUCGGCACAGCUGUGGUCCACGGCACCAUCCAGACAGUAAAUGAAGAUACUGGCAAAGUCAUUGUGUUUUCCCAGGAUGAAGUGCACGUUGAAGUGGUCCAGCUCAGGGCCGUGAGGGUCCUUGCAGCCGCUACUCGACUCGUCACAGCAACUGAGGUCGGUAAGGGGGUUCUGUUCUCGGCGCGCUCUGGCAGUGCCAGCUGGGCAGGACAUACAGCACAUACAUCUUCUUUUCAGAUGCCAGUUUAUGUCAUGGGAGUGACCAGUACCCAGACCCCUUUCUCCUUCAGCAACGCCAACCCUGGACUCACAUUCCAUUGGUCCAUGAGCAAAAGGGACGUAUUGGAUCUAGUACCCAGGCAUUCGGAGGUUUUCCUACAGCUCCCGGUAGAAAAUAACUUUGCCAUGGUUGUCCACACAAAAGCAGCUGGUCGGACCAGUAUCAAAGUCACUGUCCGCUGUAUGAACAGUUCCUCUGGGCAGCUUGAGGGGAAUUUAUUAGAAUUGUCUGAUGAAGUUCAGAUUCUGGUGUUUGAGAAACUCCAACUAUUCUUUCCGGAGUGCCAGCCUGAGCAAAUUCGGAUGCCCAUGAAUUCCCAGCUCAGACUCCACACCAACAGGGAAGGGGCCGCCUUUGUGACUUCCCGUGUUCUCAAGUGUUUCCCUGAUCCGUCUGUCAUCGAGGAGGAUGGCGAAGGGCUCCUGAGAGCCGGUUCCGUCGCAGGUACUGCUGUGUUGGAAGUCACGUCUGUAGAACCUUUUGGAGUCAACCAGACAACCAUAACUGGAGUUCAGGUGGCACCAGUGGCAUACCUGCGGAUGAGCAGCCAACCCAAGCUGUACGCCGCCCGCGGGAGGGCUCUGCCGGCGUUUCCUGUGGGCGCGUCUCUCACCUUCACUGUCCGGUUCUACAACAGCAUCGGAGAGAAACUCCACACGCACAACACCCAGCUUCAUCUGGCUCUGAACAGAGAUGACCUGCUACUUAUUGGGCCAGGGAAUAGGAACUAUACUUAUGUGGCCCAGGCAGUGAACACAGGAGUGACGCUUGUGGGAAUCUGGGACCGGAGACACCCAGGUGUGGCAGAUUACAUCCCAGUUGCUGUGGAGCACGCCAUCAUGCCAGACACCCAGCUCACCUUUGUUGGAGACGUCAUCUGCUUCAGGACACACCUCCUCAACCACAAUGGUGAACCUGGGAUUUGGAUGAUUUCUGCUGAUAACAUUCUACAAGCAGACACUGGCACCGGAGUGGGAGUGGCCAGGAGUCCAGGAAUAGCAACAGUCUUUCAUGACAUCCCAGGAGUGGUAAAAACAUACCGAGAGGUGGUGGUCAAUGCAUCAUCAAGAUUAACGCUCAGUUAUGACCUCAAGACCUACCUCACCAAUACCCCCAAUUCAACUGUGUUCAAGCUCUUCAUUACCACUGGCAGAAAUGGUGCUAAUCUCAAAGGAUCCUGUACCCCAAGUCAGGCCUUGGCCAUCACAACAGUACUUCUUCCUGAGACCCUUGUGCUGUGCCACGUGCAGUUCAGCAAUACUUUGCUAGACAUCCCGGCAAGCAAAGUCUUCCACGUCCGCGCGGGGUUCAGCAUGGAGAGAGGGGUUUAUGUCUGCCUCAUCAGGGCUCGACCCCAGUCUGAAGAGCUGCUCCAGGCCCUCAGCGUGGCUGACACCGCAGUCUAUGGGUGGGCCACACUGGUCAGGGAGCGCAGCAAGAACGGAAUGCAAAGAAUCCUUAUUCCUUUCAUCCCAGCCUUUUACAUCAACCAGUCCGAAUUGGUUCUUAGCCGCAGACAAGACGUUGGGGAGAUCAGAGUGCUGGGGGUAGACAGAGUUCUUGAGAAGCUAGAGGUCUUCCCCAGCUCCACAGUUCUAGUGGUCUCUGGCCCCAGGCAAUCUUCCCUCACACCUGGCCUGGCUGUCUAUCCUGUAAGGGUAGUCAACUUCACCUCCCUUCAGCAGACGGCAUCACCCAUUUUCAUCAAUAUUUCCUGUGAGCUCACCAGUCAAAGUGAGGCUGUGCUAGUGAGAGCUCUGAAGGAGAAGGCUGGUGCAGAUCAAUGUGAAGACUCAGGUAUCCUCCAGAAGUUCCUGGGUUCUCACCAGACCAUCCUCUUUACCCUCUGUGCCGUGCUGGCAUCAACGGCUUUCACCUUUCUAGCAUACAACGCCUUCUUAAACAGGAUACAGACGGUGCCAGUUGUUUAUGUACCAACGCGAGGACCACCACAACCAGGUUCUUACACCUCCACACGUGCUCCUCCGCCUUUCAUGAGUCCACAGCCACCGCCAGGCCAGACUCGGCUACAACACUGGCUGUGGAGUGUCCGGCACUAACCUCCCCCGCACAAAUCCCCUCAACUGUCCAGGAGCGGAGCCAUAAGGCCCCAAACGAGGCUUCUGAACGCUGUAAAUAAAGGAUCCUAAGCUGUUUACA